AUGAGGCUGGCGCGGCUGCUUCGCGGAGCCGCAUCGGCCGGCCCGGGCUCCGGGCUGCGCGCGGCCAGCCCCGGCGCCAGCCGCAGCUUCACCUCGGACUCGGCCUCCGGGCCGGCGCCCGAAAGCGGCGUUCCGGGCCAGGUGGACUUCUACGCGCGCUUCUCGCCGUCCCCGCUCUCUAUGAAGCAGUUCCUGGACUUCGGAUCUAUGAAUGCUUGUGAAAAGACCUCAUUUAUGUUUCUGCGGCAAGAGCUGCCUGUUAGAUUGGCAAAUAUAAUGAAGGAAAUAAGUCUACUUCCAGAUAAUCUUCUCAGGACUCCAUCAGUUCAGUUAGUACAAAGCUGGUAUAUUCAGAGUCUUCAGGAGCUUCUUGAAUUUAAAGACAAAAGUGCUGAAGAUGCUAAAACUAUUUAUGACUUUACAGAUACUGUGAUUCGGAUCAGGAACCGACACAAUGAUGUUAUUCCUACGAUGGCCCAGGGAGUGAUUGAACACAAGGAGAGCUUCGGGGUGGAUCCCGUCACCAGCCAGAAUGUUCAGUACUUUUUGGAUCGCUUCUACAUGAGUCGCAUUUCAAUUAGAAUGCUACUCAAUCAGCACUCUUUAUUGUUUGGUGGAAAAGGCAAAGGAAGCCCGUCUCAUCGAAAACACAUUGGAAGCAUAAAUCCAAACUGCAAUGUAGUUGAAGUUAUUAAAGAUGGCUAUGAAAAUGCUAGGCGUCUAUGUGAUUUGUAUUAUAUUAAUUCUCCUGAACUAGAACUUGAAGAACUAAAUGCAAAAUCACCAGGACAGCCAAUACAAGUGGUUUAUGUACCAUCCCAUCUCUAUCACAUGGUGUUUGAACUUUUCAAGAACGCGAUGCGAGCGACUAUGGAGCACCAUGCUGACAAAGGUGUUUACCCUCCUGUUCAAGUCCACGUCACACUGGGUAACGAGGAUUUGACUGUGAAGAUGAGUGACCGAGGAGGUGGUGUUCCUUUGAGGAAAAUUGACAGACUCUUCAACUACAUGUACUCAACUGCACCCCGGCCUCGUGUUGAGACAUCUCGAGCAGUGCCCCUGGCUGGUUUUGGUUAUGGAUUGCCCAUAUCACGUCUUUAUGCCCAGUACUUCCAAGGAGACCUAAAGCUAUAUUCUCUAGAGGGUUAUGGGACAGAUGCAGUUAUCUACAUUAAGGCUCUGUCAACAGACUCGAUAGAAAGACUCCCAGUGUAUAACAAAGCUGCCUGGAAGCACUACAACACCAACCACGAGGCUGAUGACUGGUGCGUCCCUAGCAGAGAACCAAAAGACAUGACAACAUUUCGCAGUGCCUAGAUCCGUUCGGGACACCUGGAAAAUCCAAAUGUGGCUUCUGUAUUAAAUUUGGAAGGGAUGAUGUUCAGAACCACAUUAUACCAAAUACGUCAUGUGUUAUUUUCAGAAUUAACUAUUUGGGUAGACUAGAUGGAAAGUGAAUUCCAUUUAUGUCCGUGAAGGCUACUAAAGGAUGAAAUCGUACCUAUUUUACACUUAUAUUUUCACAGUUAAUUGAGCAUAUUUUUAAACACCUGUAGUUUUGGUCAACUUUUCUCUUUAUGGUAGACUUCAGAAGCACGGAAGUCUUUGGGUUUCUACGGAAAGCUGUGUGUGUGUGUGUGUGUGUGUGUGUGUGUGUGUGUGUGUAUGUGUGUGUGUGUGUGUUUCAAAGAACUUUUCGUUCAUGUCUGCUAGAAACAUUUUCUUCAUAAUACCGAUGAGCUAGUUAGCCAUCCUUCUGUUUUCUGGAGUUGUGCCAUCCUUCAUUAGUGUGUAAUGACAGCUGUAAUAAGACAGUCUUCAGAUGUACCGGUGACUGACUCUAAGUGAAGCAGAAAACAGUUGCCGUGUUAGUGAAGCAGCAGCCACCUUUCAGCCUCUACCUGCACUGUCUUCACUCUGAAGGUGAUUUAUCAUUUUUUAGUUUCAUUGCAAGGGAUUGUAAUAAGUUCCCUGUGAAGCUAAGCCAAGAUUGUAGGCAGUCUCCCCUGAAUGUGCUUCUUGUGAUUAAUGCAGGGGGAAAUUUUUAUACUAAAAACAAACUAGCAGCUGCUAAAAUUCUAGAAAAGAAAUUGAGGGCAAAGCAGCGAGUCCCCAAAAUUGAACUAUAGAUUAUCAUGAUUAUCUGGGGGAACUUUUGAGACAGAGAGCUUUUCUGGGUUCUACUCCAGACAUACAGAAUCAGACUGUCUGUGGCUGGAGCCCAGGAAUCACAAUCUUUAAAACGCUUCCCAGCUGAGUCUGAUGCCUCACCCAGUUAGGAAACCACUCUUUUAAAGUGAGUGACCAUACCACAUUUCCUAAAGUAACAGAGAUCUUUAGGUUUUGAUUCUCACUUACUGAAAGGUCAGACUUCUAGACUCCAGGAAAAGACCAGCACUCUCAGGCCUGGUGCAAUUAAAAGCAUAAUUAAAAGCUGGAGACAAAUUGACUGUGUGAGAACAGUCAAGUAACCAAAGGAUCAGAACCAUAAAUGGACAAGUAUUGACAAAGAACAUAUAUUUUAUAAGAAAUGUUUAGAUUCUGUUGUCAGGAAAACUUCAGCUAGGGCUUAGUAACAAUUCUUUGCAUUCAUAUGGUAAUUUGUAGUUUACCAGUACUUUACUAGAUUAUGAUAACUCUGUUGGGCCUUAAAACAGUUACAGAGCUGGUGGUAUCAUCCUUGAUUGGAGACUCAGAGGGUGGUCCAAAGUUGCACAGAAUGGGAGGCAGGGCCUGAGCUCUACCCGCUGAUCACUGUCAGCCGCCAAGUCUGGGAGACCAUGAAGUUAGAGGACCUUGUGAGUCAUACCUCAUCAUGUAAGGUGACAGGGAAAUAUAGUGAAAAUAAAUUUAAGGUAAGAUUUUAAAUGUUUAAAGAACAGCUUUACUACUUAAACGUGGGGAACUUACAUUGGGUCGAAACACCUCACUUUCAAAAGGAUUAAAUUAGUUUAACAAUUCUAUACACAUUUGUAAACUGGAAGGGAUGUAAUAGGGCAGUUAGUCCAGGAUCCUCACUUGAGAGGUAAUAGUCCUGAGACUUGUGGUGUGUGGUUUGCCCAGGGGUUCUUAGCUAAUUCGACCAAAUGUUGGAAAAAGAGAUCUUUUACCUAAUCUAUAUUGUUCCUUAAUUAUGGAUUUUGUGAAAAGUAAUAGGAUAUGCUAGUGGAUGAUUUAUAUUAGUUAAAAGUGUUAUAACUUUUUAGCUUUAAAUUACACCUUUUUUGUAAUGAUGAAAUAUUUUAGAAUUCUUUGAAUCAAAAUACUCUUUCCUAAAUAAGACAUUUGUACAACUGACAUAAACUUGAUGUUUUACUUAUAAAACACUUUCUCUCCCCCCACCCAAAAUUAAAGGAAAAGUGAAAUGUUUUCCUUUAGCUUCUUUUUAAGGUAUAACAACUUUUUUACCUUGUUAUGUGGUAAUGGACAAAAGAUUACAUACAAAAAUAUUUGGGGGCUAGCAUUCGCCUCGAUGGUUUCAAAUCAUUGUGCUCCUUGAAAAGUUUUUAGAUUCUUAGGCUGUUUCGUCCACCAGCAUUUAAUGUGAUGCCAUGUAGCUAUAAAAAUAUACUGAAGGAUAAGCAGUGGAUACUAAGUGAUUUUUAUAAUCUGGGCAUUUAAUGAAUGUGCCAACAUUUUUUAGGAAGAAUCGCAAAAAUAUCCUCCCUAUACUUAAAUUACUGGCUGGCUUUAGAUGUCUUCAUACUUAAUAGUGAUCACUUUCUUGCACUGAAGUUUUUACAUGAAGAUGUUUAAGUGGAAGUCUACCAUAUUAUUUUAUAAAAUGUUUUGUGUGUGACAAUAAACUGAAAACAUGAAUUAACUCUUAUUUUGAAAAUUAAUUGGGUCAAUUUAGGUUUUCAAAAAUAUACUUUUUAAAUUAGAAUCUCUUCCAUCAUCAGGUGUCGACGUUCUAUAAGAGUUCAAAAUGUGGCUAGGUGGCUUACACCCAAGUCUCACUAUCUUCAGUAGAGGAGAUUUUUGGAACUUGAUCUCCAAUGUGUAUAUUCUAAUGGAGAAAGCAAAAGGUGGAAUUUGUAUGGUUUGAGUUAUCCUAGAUUUUCACUGUCCAAACAUGCAAAGAAGACUGACUACAUUAGUGAAGGUCUUCUGUUGUGUGAUUUUUGAAAGGUUAUAUUAAUGUGCCCUUUGAAUAAGUUUUCACAAUGUAAGUAACUGUAGGAAAGGUCUUAAUUUAACCAGUAUUACCCUCUGUACCAGUUGAAAAUUCAGAACUAAAUCUAGUCAAAGACAGAUUCCUAUCUUAUUCCUGAAUAAUGGGAUAUGACCACAACUUCCCUUUGUUGUUAAAUCCAGCAAGUUCUUUUCUUUUUUAAUUUGUUUAAUGUUUAUUUAUUUUUGAGACACAGAGCGUGAGCAGGGGAGGGGCAGAGAGAGAGGGAGACACAGAAUCCGAAACAGGCUCCAGGCUCUGAGCUGUCAGGGCCUGACGUGGGGCUCGAACUCAAAACUUCGAGAUCAUGACCUGAGACAAAGUCGGACGCUUAACCGACUGAGCCACCCAGGUGCCCCAAUCCAGCAAGUUCUAUAACAAACUCCGCAGGUAAAUAACAGGAAACAAACUACUAGUUACUGUCCCUUUGUGGCCUGUGAAUGGCUAAUCAGAGAGGAAGCUAAAAAUCAGCCAACCAGUUUCAGUUAUGUCUUCAACUGCUGUGUCAUAAAUGCGAACUUUUAACAGAUGGGUAAUCAGGGUUGAGUUCGCUCGUUUGCAAUCUUGGCUUUUCCUGAGGGAACUUUUCAUCAUAUGUGAUUAACUUCUGGCCCCAGUGGUUAAUUUUCUUACAGACAAGCUCAGUGCUUAAAACAAAUUCUAUAAUGAGGUGUGAAGGAUUUUAUCUAUGUUAAAAAAAACACACCACUGGUUUGCCUAGUUCUGGCAUUUUGAAACUACUGCCCUUUUGUUCUGUUUACAUGUUUGGGAAGAAUUAGACAUACUGCACACUUUUUUCUGGAGCCUUCACAUUUCUUCAGCAAUUGCUAACCAUAGGAUUUUAACAGGAAAAGACAAGAUUGUCAGUUUUGUUUUGUUUUUAAUUUAUAACAUGAAAUUAACUUGUUUACAUACAUAAGAACAGUGCUUGUCACUUAGUAAACACAGUAUAGGUGUAUAUUAUUAUCAUUAAUCUUAAUACUCCUUCCUCCCUGGGGCCAAUAUUUUACAUAGUUAUACACAGUCCAACUGUAAUUUUUAAAAGUUUUUCAGCAAUGAGAUUGCAUUUUAGUGGAGCUUGGAAUGCGUUUCUAGGUUUCUUUAUUCUGGUACAAGAUUGCCAGUUUUUCCUGCAAAACUUUAGGCCUUUUUUCUCAUCUUGCAAAAGCUGUUAUGUUUACUGGGGAAUGGUGACAGCUGUCUUUUACUCUAUUAGAGAUUUUUGAGCAAAAGUAUACAAUUUUCAUUCCAGGAAGAUAAACCCAAGAAACUUCCAUUUGACUGUUACAUUCACUUAGGAGGUCACUUUUUGAAAGUCAAGAAGUACACUUCCUGCAGUUGUCAUAUAGGAUACUGUCGGAAAUUUUGUAGUUUCGAAUGGAAAUGUUGACAUCUGUUUAUAAUAAAUUUAAAAAGGUGAAAAUUUCCUCGAAGAAACCGUUUAUGAGGCCAGGACAUUUUAAAGUCUAACUCAAAUAUAAAGGGCCAUAGUAUUCUUGCCAUGGGUUUAUACUUUCAUGUUCUCCAUUAUGGGAUUCAAAAUAGUUAUGGAAUUACAGUACUAUACAAAAAUAUCUAAUUAUUUGUCCAAAAACUUUUAAAAAGCCCAUCUGGUUACAUAACUGAAAUAGAAUUGGAGAGAGAAAUGGAAUGUCAUUUAUUUUACUAUAUUACAGUAUAAAAAUAAUCUGAUUUGAUAUGAACUAUUUCUUUUCCUUAUUUACUCCCAGUAUUUCCAAUGCUGCCCAGUACAUACUAGGUACUUAUAACUGUGUAUUCUGUAAAUGCAUAAUGAAUAACGAAUUUAACAGGUGCCCUUUCUCAAAAUGAUACCUCACACAGAAAUGAAUCUGUACAAUAAAACUAUAGGUAGUAAUCAACACAAGAAAUUUGGCAAAAGGAGAAAAUACAGAAGAAAAGGAGAAGGUAAAGGAGUAGCAAAACUGCACUACUAAAGUUAUGGGUUUAAUAGCUUUAGUAUAAAGCUAAAUAUAAAGAAAUAAAUACACAAACAUUGUUCUGGUAGGUGAAGCCUUCCUAUUUGUGACAGCAAAUAGCUGAAGGCUGUACCUCAAGGGAGCCUCUGUAGGCUGAUCAAAAGAGAUACGUCCAGAGAAACCACUAGCAAGGAGUAAAGAGGGGGG